AUGGAAAGCUUAAGCCACAGCCAGCAGAACCAGUGGAGCUGUUCAAGCUCAGAGUCCGAGUUUUACAGCGUUUCCUCUCCAGACACUGUCUCACCGGAUCCCUCCAUGUACCGGGGCAUCGCCCCAUCCCACCGGGUGCAGCUUGCAUGCUCAAAACCAGUCAAACCUGCAGGUGUCGUCAAGAAUAAACGCAGAUUAAGGCUGAAGAACCCAAGCGAGCAACGACAGAAUGCCAGUGAGAAGGAGAAGCUGAGGAUGAGGGAUCUGACCAAAGCUCUCCACCAUCUCAGGACCUACCUGCCUCCAUCCGUGGCUCCCGUAGGCCAAACCCUGACCAAGAUCGAGACGCUCCGGCUCACCAUAAGCUACAUCUCAUUCCUGUCUUCUCAGCUGGGUCUCGGUGAAGAGGAGCUGAACCACAGGAAGAACAGGAACUCCAGCAGCUGCUCCUGUUCUCCAGAGAUUGUUGGUUAUUUUCAGUAUAUGGCUGGAGAUUGGGUUGAGCAAGGACAUGGUCACAGUGACUUUGAUGGACAGUAUGAGGGUUGCUCUGGUCAUGCAGAGCACUGUGAUGAGGUCAACAUGGAUCAGUGUGCUGGUUCCUCACAGCAGCAUUCAACAGAGCAAAACUUCUCUGCACAUGUAGACGGCUUCCUCCAGUCACAACAGUGUGCUCAAACAUCACAGACAUACCAGGUUUAUGGCAGAAACUUUGGCUAUCAUCUUGUUCCUCAAGCUUACUGGAGCUGAAUCAAACACCCAAUGCAAGACUGGUGCCUACUACUGUAGUGUGUACAGUAAAUGGAUAUUGUUGUUUGGCUUGUGAAAGCAAUAAAUGUGAAUCAAAGUUAAUCCUGUUAUUCUUAUAAUUUAAGAUAUAAGUGUUAUCCUUGUCCAUCCUAUGUAAAUACAAAACUAUAUUUGAUACGUAUUUAUAAUAAA